UGUAGAGGAUAGGCAAGGGCUUCAUGUGCUGAGGCGGUGGAUGGCGUUGACGCAGAGGAGAGGAGACAGCCAGGAGACCACCAGGAUGUGGUUUCUUUGUCUACACUAAAAGAGCCGGGUGCCAGUGAUUUGACAGCAGUGAAAAGAAGAAAAAAAAAUCUUGAUCAAAUUCCAGGAGUCUUUUUUCUGGACUUGCGUGAGGAAGAUGAGAAUGUGGAGGGUUUUGGCUCUGCUCUCUGUGGUGGUCUGCCUGUGCGGAGGUCAGAAGGGGGGGCAGGAGACGUCUCUCGGGGAUAAAGGCAAAACACAAUGCAACACCUGCUCCAACCUGACCCAAGUCCUGGACAACUGGAAGUAUGCCAUCAUGACCCAGGUGAAGGACCUACUUGUCAACGACCACACUUCGGUCCUACCAGAAUAUUCCAGGAUCCAGCCCCUGUCUGAGGCUAUGGGGGACCUCUACAAGCAGUUCAACGCUCUGAAGGAAGAGCUGGGGAGACUCACCUCCAAGUUUGACAGGGUGGAGGUGUUCGUGGAUGACCUGCAGGCUGGCAAACUGCCCCCUCCCCCUGUGUGGACCGCCCCUCAUCGCCCCGUACAGAGGCUUCCAAUCAGGCUGCCCAUGAGGGCACCACUGGGGGCCCAGAUGAGGGCACCACUGGGGGCCCAGAUGAGGGCACCACUGGGGGCCCAGAUGAGGGCACCGCUGGGGGCCCAGAUGAGGGCCCCAGUCAGGACCAAUUCCACAGCGUUGAGGCCCAUAGGUACAAGACGAAGGAGAGGACCCAGACCGGGGUCCCACGGUGUGUAAGCCAGUCUCUUACAGAUGCCAAGUGCUGUUGUAUAAAUACAUUGACGGAUG